AUGGGUGAAAAAAAUAAAAUAUUAUCUCGCCCCAUUUUCCGCCGAGAUGUCAGCUGGGAUCCUUUCCCGGACUGGACGCAGCCGAGCCGCAUCUUUGCGCAGGAUUUUGGCCUCCCUCCUUUCCUGGAGCCUAGUGAUCUGGACUGGAUAGACUGGGCGAAGAAGAGACUGGCAACAUUCUCCUGGCCAGGGUACACACAAAUACCCCUUCUGCCCCCAUUCAGAGCUCAGCACCCUGCGGCGUUGAACCAAAAGGACCUGAGACAACUGACAAGUGGAGUGUCAGAGAUCCGAACAGGGCAGGACAGCUGGAAGAUUAACCUGGAUGUCAAUCACUUCUCGCCUGAGGAGAUUACAAUCACAACAAAGGAGGGCUACCUGCAAAUAUCAGGAAAGCAUGAAGAGAGGCAAGAUGAGCAUGGAUUGGUUUCAAGAUGCUUCACUCGGAAAUAUAAGUUGCUGCAGGGGGUGGACUUGAAGCACAUCAGUUCAUCGUUGUCUGGCGACGGAGUCCUGUCUGUAGAGGCUCCUGCUCCUGGGACAUCCAUUGGCCACCUGGCCAAUGAACUUGUCAUACCUGUUCAGAUCAGACAGAGGGAGGAUGGUGAAAAGUGAAACCAGUGAGCAGAACCUGAAACUGUUCUCAGACGUAGCCCAAGUUGUGCGUAGCAACCUUAGUAGCACUGACAUGAAGAAGAAAAAACAGUUUGCUAAAGCUUACUAAAAGGGAUUUACUGUAACAAAAAGCUUGUUUACCUGACAUGAGAUACUGUCUGCAUUACCUGUAAUGCAGUAUCACCACUGCAGUAACCAUGUCACAGUUACUUUUUGUCUUAAAAUGAAAUGCAAAUUCAUCAAAGCAAAACAGAACAUACGUUGAAAAUGAGGAAUAACUUUUGCAUGGCCUGGCAUUUCAAAUACAACAUGGUUAGUAGUUUUUCAUGCACUUCUAAUGUCAUCAUUUCUUCUCUAUAAUAGGGCACUAAAAUUAAUUGGGUUGAGUUUUAUUUUGCUUUUGAGGCAGAGAAACACUGGAAAAGCCACAGUACAGAUUCAUUUUGUGCA